AUGACCGGAAAAUAUUUUAUAGAGGAAAAAUUGCUGACCCCAGAACAAAAGAAAUUGUUUGAAAAGCACAAUAAUGAAAGUGCAAAAGGUUUAACUUUUUAUUUAGAAAACGGGCAAGAACCAAUAAGGUUAACUUAUCGGGAUGCUCGCCGAUUUGGGGGCUUCCGUCUACAAACUUUUGAGGACUACAAAAAAACGGAGCCUUACUCAAAUAUCGGAACCGAUUUGCUGGAUGAAAAGGUGGAUGCUGAAUUAUUAUUCAAACAUUAUCAAAAACGCAAAAUUCCCAUUAAAAAUGCUUUAUUAGAGCAAAAAAUAAUUAGCGGAAUUGGUAAUAUUUACGCUUCAGAAAUACUUUUUGACACUAAAAUUCAUCCUUUAAAAAAAACCAACCAACUUACUGAAUCAGAAGUAAAAAAUAUAAUUUGUUCGGCUCAAAUUAUUUUAAGAGAGGCUUUAAAACGAGGAGGAACUUCGGAAUUUGAUUUUGUUAAUCCUUUAAGCAAAGAAGGCUCUUAUCAAAAUAGAUUGAAAGUCUAUAAUCGAAAAGGAAAACCUUGCCAUAACAAUUGUGGAAGUUUAAUUGAAAAACUAGAAAUUAACCAAGAAAAAUCCGCUGAAAAAAAACCGAAAGAACGAAGCACUUUUUUUUGCCCGCAAUGUCAAAAAAAAUCCGACCCGGAUUAA